AUGGCCAGUGCAACGUAGAGAGCUACUGAAACACUUCCGGCCAACUCAUCGCUGCUAGUUGUCAUUUGCUUUAGUGUUAAUCAUGGUGUUGCUUACAAUGAUUGCCCGGGUGGCAGACGGCCUGCCGCUGGCAGCAUCUAUGCAGGAGGAUGAGCAGUCUGGGCGAGACUUGCAACAGUAUCAAAACCAAGCCAAGCAGCUGUUCCGCAAGUUGAAUGAACAGUCCCCAGCUCGAUGUACUCUAGAGGCAGGAGCAAUGACAUUCCACUACUUAAUAGAAAAGGGCGUUUGCUACCUGGUGCUGUGUGAAAUGUCAUUUCCGAAGAAAUUAGCAUUUGCUUAUCUUGAAGAUCUGUACAAUGAAUUUGAUGAGCAGCACGGAAAGAAAGUCCCCACAGUAUCAAGACCUUACUCCUUUAUAGAGUUUGAUAAUUAUAUUCAGAAGACAAAGAAGACUUAUAUUGACAGUAGAGCUAGAAGAAACUUGGGCACCAUCAACACAGAGUUACAAGAUGUUCAGAGGAUCAUGGUGGCAAAUAUUGAAGAAGUACUGCUUCGUGGUGAAGCUUUAUCUGCACUUGAUUCAAAGGCCAGCAAUCUCUCAACUCUGUCAAAAAAAUACCGUCAAGAUGCAAAGUACCUGAACAUGCGCUCAACCUACGCUAAAUUGGCUGCAGUUGCUGUGUUUUCAGUCAUGUUGAUUGUGUAUGUUCGGUUUUGGUGGCUGUGAACUUAAAAAAUUGUCUAAUAAAACUGUGGAGGCUAACAGAUGGCUAUAUACCAACGUUUUGGAUGGGUUUAUUGUUCAGUGUCCCUUGUAAGUUUGAGAGGCCUGUCACCUGGAGGUUAACAUUGGUACACCUUGUAAUCCCUCUAGUUUAUUUGCAUUGGAUUACACUGUAUAAAUAAUAAACUUGAACACAAGGUUUGUUUUCCUGAAAGCUAGAGGAAGGAUAUGUAGAAAGACUAUUGUCUUGGCACACCUUUAAUGCUGUUCCUGCAUUUAUUUUGGAAUACUUAUCAAACGCAACUAGUCCCACAUAAAGGGAAUGUGUUAUCAGAAAAUGACCUAUUGUUUAAAGGGGUUCUCCGGGAAUUAAGAAAAUGAAAAUACUUAAAUAUUACUUUAUGAUAAAUAUAUUCCCAAAUACCUUUCAUUUGUUAUAAUGGUUUGUUUUGUCUAUGGAGCAAUCAUUAGGAGAAAUAAAAGGGCCGCCGUCCUGUUAGUAAACACCAAAGCUGUCCUGAUCACACAGGAAUACAAGUUACGUACUUCAUAACACUGAGCUAAAGAGCUGCCUCAUCCUCCUCUCUGCUUGUCAUCUCUGUGGGACUGGAGAUGAUGAGGAGACAUGAGAAGAGGGUGGGAAUGUGGCUCAUGAGCACUUGUAUGCAAUCUCCAUUACCACAGUCUGUCCUCUCUCUACAUCAUGUCUCCUCAUGAACUAAAUUCCCUAGAGAUUGAACUAAAGUUCUUAUCAGCUGUAUUCAGGAUCAUAAU